UAUAAUUUCUUUUUCUAAUAUUCUAGAAGCAAAGAGUGGUGGAGAUUUCCUUUCAUGGAGUAAACUACUAAAAAUAAUGUGACAUCCUUUGCAGGUUUCCUGCAUCCAUGGCAACUUCCACAUAAUCCAGCCAUUGUUUACUUUUCAUUUAAAAAAAAGAAAAACUUCCUGACAUUGUUAAGGGUAUUCCUUUAUCAUAGUUUUGGUGAAUGCCACAUUGAUUUUGCAGAGAAGAGUUGGUCACUUUGGAUAUGACACAAAGACGAAGGACACCCUGGAAAAAUGAUAAUGAUUUCCAGAUUAAUGCUGUUAUUUCAGUUUCAAAUUAUUUUUCACUUUUAUUCAGUUUUCUUGAUGUUUCCAGGCAAGGGAUUUUGCUGCCCUGCUUCCUGUCAGCUGUGCACUGUAACUCGAGUUCAUUGCAACAGUCUCGGCCUGCAUUUUGUUCCUAGGAAUUUGUCCCAGAGUACAACAGUUUUGUUCCUGAGUGGAAAUAAUAUCUCCCAAGUACUGCCCGAGGAUUUCAAAAGGCUAGAAAAGCUCUCUGUGCUUUUUCUGAAUAACACCGGACUUGUUCGCUUUGCCCCUAAAGCAGUGAAGCAUCUUCACAGAUUAUAUUACUUGCACUUAAAUAACAAUUUGUUACAACAUUUGGAGCCUGAUACUUUCGUUGGCCUUUCAAACCUUCACUUUCUUUACCUUCAGCUUAAUGAAAUACAGUAUCUUCCAGAGAAAAUAUUUAAUGGUUUGCCUGCUUUAAACCUCUUGGAACUUCAAGGAAAUAAACUUAAAACAAUUGGUUGCCAGACUCUUUUUGGAAUGAGUAGACUUAAAACGCUCAACCUUGCAAACAAUAUGAUUUCGUUCAUAUCCAGUCUUGCAUUCACAAAUCUUGGAAAAUUAGAAAUUUUGAAUAUUAAGGGAAAUUUACUCAGUCAGAUACCACCCAGAUUGUUUGAACGCCUUGGGAACCUCAAGUGGCUGGACCUUUCUGGAAAUCCCAUAAAGCUAAUAACUUCUGCUUCACUGAAGGGUCUGAAACAUCUACUGUAUAUUUCAGUGGAAAAUGCAAAAAUUAAACACAUAGAUAUUCAUGCCUUUGAUGAGUUAAAAAAAUUAAAACAUCUGGUUUUAAGUAAUAACUAUAUAAAUGUUAUUUACCCAAAUACGUUCAGCUUUUUGAAGCACCUGAAAUACCUGCACCUAGACAGGAAUAAUAUAAGUAACUUGCAUUCAAAAACAUUUGAUGGGGUUGCUCUUUCUCUUAGACUUUUAAAUCUGAGAGACAAUAAGCUAGCAUAUCUGCAUUCCAAUGUAUUUAGGUCUUUAGAUUCACUUAUUUAUGUUAACGUAAGUAAGAACCCUUGGCAGUGUGAUUGCAGAUUGCUUGAACUGCGCAACUGGCUUGUGUCAUCCUCUGUUAUGAUGAAUGUUCAUUGCCAGCAUCCUCUUCAUUUGCAGGACAGAUUAUUACGCUAUAUCAAUAUUGAUGAAUUUGGAGCAUGCAUUGUCUCAAACUACUCUUAUAAUUUCCAUUCUACCUCAGUUUAUUCAGUAACUGAUGAUGCAAAAUUAACAAGUAACACUUCUUUUUUAUCGCUUUCAUCACCCCGCCCUUCAACAUCUUUUUCAAUGAAAUUAACAAGUGGCAUCUUUGCUCCGCUUUCCAAAAAGUUGUUUACAUAUGAGAGUACAACACAUGUGACAUCCCAGUCACCAUUGCAGGUAUCAUUACUUAAUGUGCAAGAAAAUAUUACUGCUCUGCAAAGUGCAGUAUCUGAAAAUCUGGGAGCUUCAGUACCAUUUCAGUCUUUGAUUACCUGUGAGAAAAAGCUAGCAAAAUUAAAUCAGUCUUUUGACAUUCUUCUUGGAGUUUUUGUUCUUCUAUGUGCUCUUAUUGUAGCUAUGACCUAUAAGUUACUCAAUCUGAGGCACAGACUAAAUUCAAUUAAUAGGGAAAAUGUAGUGGAGUAUUUCAGUUUCUUCCAUUCUGGAAACUAUAGUAUCAGGGCUCCUCCACAAAUAGACUCUAUCUCCACAUCAAAUCUAGUAGGAAAUGCAGGGGCAGGACAAAUACAAAUAUUCAGACACCAUGCCAAUGGAAAUCAAGCCCAAGUUAUUCUAUUUGAACACUCUGUUCUUUAACCCAGUGAUUUCUUUUUUUCUUAAAUGUCUCAGUGCAUAUCAAACUUAUUAUUUUUUAUACUGGUGCUGAAUGUGUUUUGGUAUUAUUUUUUUGAAAUGUUCAAGAUAAAAUGGGAGGUAGUGAAAUAUGUGUAUAGUAAGUGUUCAACUAUAAAAGCAGUACUUUGUAAUAACUUAGCUAAAAUAAACAGUACUGCACAAAACUUAUAAUUUAUUUGACACAUCAAAUUUUUAUUUGCAAACUGUUGUCAUAGUAAACUAUAGAUGCUGCCAGUUCCUUGGAGUUAAUUAAUUUAAUUUCAUCUUUAUUUAAAGAGUAUUUGUGAUGUGUACAAAAAUUCAAGGUCAAUAAUACAUGUAUAAUACUGUGCAAAUUCUCAAAAACUUUGAGAAACGCCAGUUUUUUAAAAUAAAAGCAGGUUUCUGAGGCACUUUAGGACUGGUGGGUGAGUUUGUUUUUUGAUAUGCAUAUAAGAAUGGAAAACAGGUGCAGAAAUUAGUAAAUAAGACGUUAUCUUUGUAUUAAUA